ACACAUUCUAAAUAUAACCCCGUCAAGCGCUGGCUUCGGGUUCCCAUCACAUUGUGCUCGUCCGCAUAACCGCCGGGCGAGAUGAGACGACGAGAAUAGAAAAGGCCGGCGCUUCUGCACGGUCGGCGCUUAACUGCAGGAACAACCCUAAUCGUCACGCUGCUAGGACGCGCCGGUCCCUCAGGUUGCAGGAGGAUGCAGGCAAUGAAUGGCUGUCGAUGCAGUUGGGAGGGGAGACGCCUCCGUAGUGCCCUUGGAUUUUCCCCUCGAGGGCGACAUCCCCGUCUCCCAUUCCAAAUCCCCCCCUGGUUUGCUCGAACAUGCAACCCGCAGGCGACUGGCGAAACGCGCCGUCCCAAAGCGACCAAACCCCCUUGAGAGGGGAGAAAAAAAGGAAAAAGGAAAAAAGGAAAAAAGAAUUCGACUCGUGUUCGAGGAUCGGAGGGCACAGGCCAAUGACGAGGAUCGUGAGGGAGGAAUGCAGGCAGCGCGUCCAACCGCCGUCCUUGCAUGGCCAGCCUUUUCAGCUCGUCGGAUUGGCCUGCAUGGCCUCUGCUACUUAUAUCGCCCGUUUGACGCCGUCUCUGCUGCUCAGAUGCUCAACUCACGGGGUGGUUUGGGUUUCGUUGCUUCUCACAGACCGUCGUUUGAUCCUGUCGUUGGUUCUGGUCAUCCCAGUCCUGCACGUCGCUCUCUUCUGCUGCUCGCUGCCAUCUAUAUAAUCCUGAGCCUCUGCCCGGUGUCUCAGUCUCAUUUCCAUCGUCGGCCAAUUUGUCUCUGAUCGGUCAGGUUGACACGACAACCUUCUGCAUUCCUGCUGGCAGGAUUCCUACUGUGACCUCAACGCCAACAUUCCUUUUUCUUUUUGACUGGAAGACAAACACCUGCCGACUGGCAUUUUUCU